CAACGCUCUCAUUCCAUCCUAUUCAAUUUAGUUUCAUCAAUUUCUCUUCUAAUUUCUGGGGUUCCUAAAUCAAAUGGAUUCAAGCUUGAAGGCUGCUCCUACUCAUGCUCAUCCCGAGACGAUGGACUUGCUAUCUCGAGCGUGGUGCGACUUCGCCCUCCAUCAAGCUCACCAACCCGAGUUGGUCCACGACCGAUCAAUCGUCCUCUUGGACCCUCCCCCUGUCAAGAAGCUCGAUAGUGAACCCAACUCUCCCCUUCAUUUCAUGGCAAUGGAGAAGAGUGUGAAGAUGCAGGACGAUGCCGAUUUCUCCCCGUUACCCCCUUGGAAAUCCAAUGAUGUUAAGUCAUGGAUAUGGAUGCAGCAGGCAAUGCACCCAGAGCUGAAUUACAGAAGUUGUUUCAGAAAGAAAUGGGUUACAUGGAAUAAGAUUGUGCCGUUUAAAUUGGCUUCAAUCAAGAAAUGGCUCAAAGAGGUUAAGCAAAGAAGGAAAGAGGAAGGAAGACUACAGAGAGCCGAGGUCCACGCCGCAAUUUCAGUGGCCGGAGUGGCCGCAGCUCUGGUAGCCAUCGCGGCCGAGAAAACCCAGAAUGGGCGGCCGCCAACAACGAAGGAGGCAGCGGUGGCCUCAGCAGCCGCUCUUGUGGCGGCUCAGUGCGCUCAGGUGGCGGAGGCGAUGGGGGCGAAGAGAGAACAGCUCAGUUCGGCCAUAAAUUCGGCCAUGAGCAGUACAACCGCCGGUGACAUCUUGACCCUCACGGCCGCAGCUACAACAUCACUAAAAGGAGCUGAAAUUCUAAAGGCAAGGACUGGAUGCACAAGCAAAUUAAACGGAGAGGCACCUGUGCUUCCAAUCGAGGACUCCAACGACCACAAUGAUAGUAGUCACCAUUUCGAUUUUGAUAAAUGCCGAUCUCUCUUAUCUAAAGGGGCACACCUUACGAUUGAAACUCCGGACGGGAGGUAUGUAGUAAGAUCAGUAUCUAUCAUCUUGAACAAUGAUGGAAAGGUCAUUCUGAAGAUAAGGAAGCUCAAUUUAUUGCGAAGCAAGAAGGAAAGCAUUGUGCUUGACCUCCAUGCGGAGCUGUACAAAGAUCCAGACACAGAAGAUGCUGAGACAUGCUACCUGAUUGUGUUGUCGACGAACUCCGGGACUGUGAAACUCGACAUGUUGGACGACUACAAGCUCUACAAGACUUGGGCCACGACAAUUAAUCACAUGUUGACGAUUUCCGCUUCAUCUUUUUCCAAAUAUCAUCUCCAAUUUUAUGAAAAAUAAGUGAAUAAUCUCUCUGCAUUUAUAUUAUCAAUCAAAGCGUGCGUUCAUUCACAUAUCUUAUUGAUAUAAUAAUAAAUCUUAUGUAGUUUUAUUCUUGUAA